AUGGCCGACCAAGCGCAACCACUCGGUGGUCCCAAAGUCUGGACCACCCUAAUCACAAACACGGAUUACCUAUCAGGCCUCCUAACCCUAGACUAUUCUCUCAAGAAAGUCCACUCCAAGUAUCCCCUAGUAGUCCUCUACACGGACACCUUCCCCGCCGAGGGCCACGCCGCGCUCGACGCGCGGGGAAUCCUAAAACGACACGUCCCGUAUCUCCUUCCCUGCGUAUCGAAGGAUUACACCAAUGACGUGCGUUUCUACGAUUGCUGGAGCAAAUUGACCCCCUUCUCGCUUGUCGAGUAUGACCGCGUCGUCCAGCUGGAUAGCGACAUGGUCGCGCUCCAGAAUAUGGAUGAGUUGAUGGAUAUUGAACUCGAUGCGCCGGAAUUAGGCGGGGCCGGGCAGAGGGUUUUUGCUGCUAGUCAUGCUUGUGUUUGUAAUCCGUUGCAGAAGGCUCAUUAUCCGAAGGAUUGGAUCCCGGCCAAUUGUGCUUUUACUAGCCAGCAUGAUGACCCUGUUACCGCGCAAACGGUCGGUGCUCCGUCCACUGCGGGUCUGGGCAUUCCCAAUGGUGGUCUUCAAGUGGUGAAUCCAUCUCAGGGAACAUACGACAAGAUUAGUGCGCAGCUUGCCUCUUCUACGGCGUCGAGCUAUGACUUUGCCGAUCAGUCUCUUCUCGGCGAUGUCUUUUACGGUCGAUGGGUUGCUAUCCCGUACAUUUACAAUGCGCUCAAGACUCUGCGGUGGAAGGGUGUUCACGAUGCGAUUUGGCGGGAUGAGAAUGUUAAGAACGUGCAUUACAUUCUGAGUCCAAAGCCGUGGGAUGAAUGGGCGGCUAAGCAGAAGGGUCAGGAGGAUUCUCAGCAGAGUCAGGACCCGUCUCAUGCGUGGUGGUUAUCUUUGAAUGAGGAGCGGUUGAAGGAGGAAGAGGUCAAAGGUUUGAAGGAUCAGUUUUGA